GGUCGCUACUCAUAGAUUCGUCCAAACUGUAAAUGUCCAGCUAUGCAUCACAUGCUUACACUAUAUUUAACAAUGCCUAAAGCUCUAAAAACCCCCACCUGGAGAUCUGAAACAAGAAAAUAAUUCAAUCCCUUGAAACCACAGCAACAAUGGCGAAUGAUCGCUGUCUCUACAGUUCAAUCCUGUGUUCUGUAGUUGUAAUGCUUCUUGGGUUGAGUUCUAUGGUGGUGUCAACCAAAGAUUUACAGCGAUGGAAUAUACUCAGUCCAAAGAGGGAUCGGUCAAAAUACAGCUUGAAGAACUACUGUGAGAGCUGGAGAAUGAAUGUGGAGCUCAACAAUCUCAGAGAUUUCAAUGUUGUUCCAGGAGAAUGCAUAUUCUAUAUCUCCAAGUACAUGACAUCUACACAGUACAAUGUGGAUCAAGAAAGAGCCGUGGAAGAGGCGCUUGUGCAUCUUACAGCCCUCCAAUUAGCAGGAGAUGGGAAGGACGCUUGGAUCUUUGAUGUUGAUGAUACCUUGCUCUCUACACUCCCCUUCUUCAAACAGCACAGCUAUGGCGGGGAACCCAUUGAAAAAGAUGCGUUAGAGAGCUGGAUGGAGCAGAUGAAAGCGCCGGCAGUGGAAGCUGUUUUGCCUCUUUACAAUCAGCUUAAGAUGAGCGGAGUGAAGAUCAUCAUCAUCACCUGGAGAAGCGAACGUUUAAGGGAUGUGACUGCACAGAAUCUGGUGCAGGUUGGAUUUACAGGAUGGACACAACUGAUAAUGAGCAGGGGAGAUAGCGAUAAUGGGAAAUCAGUUACAAGCUACAAAUCUGCCAAGAGGGAGGCACUGGUGAAGGAUGGAUAUCGUAUUCUAGGCAAUGUCGGUGAUCAAUGGAGUGAUGUCCUUGGCACUAAAGCUGGGAUUCGAACCUUCAAACUGCCCAAUUCCAUGUAUUACUCUGCAUAAUUUAUGUGAGCUCAACACGGGGAACAAGUGAAAUCAUUUUUGCAGUUGUCUCAUCAUCAAUCCUCCACUGCACCUUGUUUUCCUGUAUCGGAAUGGAAAAAUGCUUCAAUCCAUGUAUGCUUGUUUAAAUGAUAGUUUGUACAACCAGGUUCAGUAGAACUUCAAGCAUAUUAAUGUAGGUACUACUGAAGCAUUUACCAGAAAGAACUUUCCAUAAUUUUCCGAUGAGUUUAAAAAUUAGUUUUUUUUUU